GUCGUAGUCGCUUCUGCAGAAGGUUCUCUGUGAUUUUCUUGUUUCGAUAAUAAGGAGGAAAAAAAAAGAAAAGAAAAAAAAGAAACAAAGAAGAAAUUUUAGAUUAUUAAAAAAAAUUUGUAUAAAAAAUUAUGUACAUCGAGAGGGUUUAUUGAAGAGAACCUUGUUCUAAGCCUGAAUUCUUUGUCAGAUUCAUCUCUUCACGAGUUCACCUCAUUGAUUUUGAUUCUCUUCUUCUUUCUCUCAGUUUCUUGGAUUUUUUUGGUUCGUUUCGAAGCAUUCUCUUUGACCCUUUUGUUUUGUUCAUUCAAGAUUGAAUUCUUUGGGCUUAAUUUGGAAAGAAGAAGGUGUUCGAUAAUUUGGAGGAUUGUGGGUUUUGUUGGCAUAAUCAUUGUUAGGUUUCUGCCUUUCUUGGGAAUUGCCUGCUUUUGAGGAAUCUAAUGCUGGGUUUCUUUGAAGCUUAGGGUUUUGAGGGGGAUUUAAGGGUAAAGUGCGGGCAUUUUUUUCUUUGUGGCUUGGUGUCCUUCCUCCUUAGGAGUGCAUCAAAUUGUUGAGUUUUUGCCCAUUUCACCGCUGGUGUCCUUUGAUGGUAAGUUGAGAAUCGGGCUGUUUUGAGAGAUUUUAUCGGUGGAUAGGUGAUAAUUGGGGUUUUAUCGAGUAUAAGAGCCAUACAACCGGGAAUUUUCUCAUUUGGGUCUGGGUUGUGUUGCAAAGGCGUUGAAUUUUGAGUGGUUUGCUGGGAUUUUAGCUUGGAACUCUUUUAUCCUACCGUGGUGGCAUUAGUUUUUUGUUCGUAGAGAUUUUCUGGUGGAGAAAUCUGGUUCCGGGUUAAGCAGAUGAGUUCCAGCAGCACAACCGAGACUUUGGCUGGUGAGGGCGAGCUUGUGGUUCAUAUUGCUGAAAAUGGGCAUUCAUUUAGGGUUGGUUGUGUUGAAACCACACUGGUGGGGACAGUUAUGCGUCUGAUUGAACCAGUUUCAGGGAUCAGCUUCAAUGAUCAGCUUGUUUUGUGCGCGGACAAGAAACUUGAACCGCAAUGUCCACUCUCUGCAUAUAAGCUUCCAUCCGGUGACAGAGAAGUUUUUAUAUUCAACAAAUUAAGGUUGCAAAGUAAUUCCACGCCACCACCACCUGAGUCAGUUGAUUUUCUUGAAGUGGCAGACCCUCCACCACCAGCUUCAUCUAAUCGCCGUCAUCCUUUGGAUGAUGCUGUAGACCCUGCUCUCAAGGCUUUACCUUCUUAUGAGAGGCAAUUUAGGUAUCAUUAUAACCUUGGGCAUGCAAUAUAUAGACGGACACAAGUGAAAUAUGAGCAUUGUGAGAGGCUGUUGAGUAAGCUGAAGGUGCAGGAGAAGGCACUGGAUGUAGCAAUGUCCAAUGUGAUUCAGUACUACAGGGUGAUUGACCAAAAUUGCUCAGAGUUCGUGAAGCGGUACAAGCAGCAAUAUCAUAUGCAUUCUGAUUUGCUAACAAACUUUGAAAGGGAUAUACACAAAUUAAGAUCUACCCAGCUUCAUCCUACCUUACAGACAGCUACGCGCAAGUGCUUAUUAGAUUUUGUGAAGGAGGAGAACUUGCGGAAGACUCUGGAUAACUGCAGCAGCUCACAUAAGCAGUUUGAGAAUAAAGUUUCACAAUUUCUGAACCGGACCUUUGCUGAAGUGAAGCAGAAGGCGGAGGAUUUAUUUUCUUGCGGGAGCUCCUCGCCUAUUAAGAAGUUAGAACUAACAAUUAAGGAGCACCAGCGUUAUCUUAAUGAGCAGAAUAGUAUAAUGCAAUCUUUAAGCAAAGAUGUUAAUACAGUGAGGAAACUUGUGGAUGACAGUGUUUCUUGUCAACUUUCCUCCUCACUUCGUCCUCAUGAUGCAGUUUCUGCCCUAGGUCGUAUGUAUGAUGUCCAUGACAAUAGUAAUCGCCCCAAGAUGCAGGCUUGUGAAUAUGCGAUAUCAAAGCUGCUUGAUUUUUGCAAGGAUAGGAAAAAUGAAAUGAACAUCUUUGUUCACAAUUACAUGCAAAAGAUUGCAUAUGUGUCUUACAUCAUCAAAGAUGCAAAGUUACAGUUUCCUGUUUUCAAAGAAGCAAUGGUGCGUCAGGAUGAUCUAUUUAUGGGCCUGAAGUUGAUCCGUGGAAUUGGUCAUGCAUAUCGGGCAUGCCUUGCUGAAAUAGUCAGGAGAAAGGCUUCCAUGAAGCUUUAUAUGGGUAUGGCUGGUCAGUUGGCUGAAAAGCUUGCAACAAAGAGGGAGGUUGAGGUCAGGAGACGGGAAGAGUUUCUGAAAGCUCAUGUUUUAUAUAUACCGAGGGAUGUAUUGGUGUCUAUGGGGUUGUAUGAUACUCCUAGUCAGUGUGAUGUAAAUAUAGCUCCUUUUGACACUAAUUUACUUGAUAUUGACAUUUCGGACUUGGAACAUUAUGCUUCUGAGUAUUUAGCAGGACUGCCCUACAAGGGUGAGAAGUUUGCUAGCUUGAAAGGUUCCUUUUCCAUGUCAAAUGACAGUUCUCAUUCUGCUGAUGCUGAAGAGAUUGGUUUAGAUCCUGUGGAGAAGGAUGAGGCUGAUGAUCUCCUUCUAGGAUGUGAAUUAGUAGAGAUAGCUGGAACUAGCAAAAUGGAAGUUGAGAAUGCAAAGCUAAAAGCUGAACUUGCUUCUGCAAUAGCCCUGAUUUGCUCUUUGUGUCCUGAAGCUGAAUAUGAGUUGCUUGAUGAUAGUAAACUUAACAGUUUAUUGAAGAAUGCUGCACAGAAGACUGCUGAAGCAUUACAUCUAAAGGAUGAAUAUGGAAAACAUCUUCAGUCUAUGCUCAAGGCAAAGCAAAUGCAGUGUGUUUCAUAUGAGAAACGUAUACAGGAACUAGAGCAGAGGCUGUCUGAUCAGUAUUUGCAGGGGCAGAAGCUUGCAAACUGUAAGGAAAUAAAGGACUUUGCCCUCUUGGCAUCAAAGGAUGGUAGUUGCAAACCAGAAAUCUCAGGUGGCAAGCCCAAUCUGCCAUGCAUAUCUACAUUUGAGCCCAUGGAUGAAGUUUCAUGCAUCUCGAAUGCUAAGGCAGGGCUUUUUACAAGGCAAAAUAGUAAAGUACAAGAAGGAGUUGAUGAAAAUAUGAUGGAUUCCUCUGGAAUGCUGAAUCUUCGGUUGGAUUCAUCAAUGCUGGAACUGCACCAUGAGGAGCUCCAAGUCGGUGAAAAAGAUGGAAAAGGUAAGUUGGUGGGGCAGUUAGGCAUGUCUCUGACAAACAGUUCCACUGUUGAGAGCAUGCCUGCUCCUCUGAAUGUCUUACCUUCUGAGACAACAGCUGAGUCAGUUUCAGAUUCUAAAAUCAGUGGGGAUCUUGUGUUGGAGUUGCAAAGUGCACUUGCUGAAAAAUCAAACCAAUUGAAUGAAAUUGAAACCAAGCUCAAAAGUGCUCUUGGUGAGGUUGAAAUGCUUAGGAGUGAGUUGGAAGUGAGUCAAAAGCUUCUUGAUGAAUCUCAGAUGAACUGCGCUCACUUAGAGAAUUGUUUGCAUGAAGCAAGAGAGGAAGCCCAAAGCCAUCGAUGUGCAGCUGAUCGGAGGGCCUCUGAAUAUAGUGCAUUGCGUGCAUCUGCUGUCAAGAUGCGUAGUCUCUUUGAAAGACUUAAAACCUGUGUUUGUGUUCGUGGGGUUGCCAGUUUUGCAGAUUCUUUGCGUGGUCUAGCUCAGUCCCUGGCCAAUUCCAUUGAUGAUGGUGAAGAUGAUGGCACUGCUGAUUUCCACAAAUGUGUCUGGGUCCUUGCCGACAAAGUUGGUUUCUUGGCCAGGCGUCAAGAAGAGCUGCUUGAAAAGUGGCCCAAGAUAGAAGCUGCAAAUGAACAGCUUAGGAUGGAAUUAGAGGAGAAAAAGGAGCUCGUUAAAAGCUUGUAUGCAAAACAUCAACUUGAAAAGCAGGCAAACAAGGAAAAGAUUUCUUUUAGUCGCUUGGAAGUCCAUGAAAUUGCUGCAUUUGUUCUCAAUUCUGCUGGUCAUUACGAGGCAAUAAAUCGCAACAGCUCAAACUAUUACCUGUCUUCUGAAUCAGUCGCCUUGUUCACCGACCUCCUCCCUAGCAGACCAAGCUACAUUGUUGGGCAGAUUGUGCAUAUUGAACGUCAAAGUGUGAAGCCACUUUCAUCUACAUCAGCUAGGCCUGAGCAUGGUUGGUUAGAACCAGUGGAUCACCUGACCUCUGACACAGGAACUGAUAGAUUAACCUUGACUUCUGGCUCAAGCUCAAAUCCGUAUGGUCUCCCCAUUGGAUCUGAAUACUUUGUAGUGACAGUAGCAAUGUUACCUGAUACCACCAUUCAUUCACCACCCCCUUCCUGAUCCCUGCUGCACCAAUCAGCAAAAGAUGUGAUGGAAGAAACCAGGUGUUUAUACUUGUAGUAGAUAAGUGAUCAUGGAUGGAGUUGGAACUUUUUUUUUUCCCUUUGUACAGCUGUUGAUCCAAUUAGCUUCAAUCUCCCCUUUUG